AUGAACAAGCAGCUUAUUCAAUUAAAUGAUCAGCUUUGCCAACAGAUCUUACGCGCGGCAUUUGACUUUUACAAUAUCGCGCCGGAUGAGCUGGAAGCUUAUAUCCGCGAGGCUGAAACUAAAAAUUUGGGAGCAGAUCGCGUCAGUGUAAGCCAAGCAUUAAAACAUUAUGUACGGGAUUGGUCGCAUGAGGGUGAUCAUGAAAGGAGGACCUACAGCUGCAUACUCGAUACCAUCGGUCUCUAUGCUCCAGCAUUGGCGCUGCGGUUCAAAACCCCACCGAAGGUUCUCUUACCAGGGGCUGGACUGGGUCGGCUCGGCUAUGAUAUUGCUGCGCUUGGCGGGUAUGAUGUAACGAUCAACGAAUGGUCAAUGUUUAUGAAUCUUGCAUAUCGCUUUCUCGAAGCCCAACCCGCGGCCGGUCAGCAUGUUGUUUAUCCAUUUAUCGACAGCUGGUCUCACCACGCUGUUACGGCGGACCUGCAAAGACCCGUUACAUUCCCGCACAAACAUAUUGAUACGACUUCAGUCUUACUGGUUGAAGGCGAUUUCACAACAGCAUUUCAAGACUCCAAAGGCUCUUACGAUUUCAUCGUGACACACUUCUUCAUCGAUACAGCAAGAAAUCUUUUGAACUACCUCGAAACGAUACACGCGACUCUGAACGAUGGUGGUUAUUGGAUUAAUUCGGGACCUUUACUCUACGGUACCGGCCCUUGGGUACAAUUGUCGCUAGAUGAGAUCAUCAAAGUCUCCGAAGAGCUAGGAUUUGAGUUCCGUAACACCGCGCCCACAUGCGGGGAGACUUCAUCAACGAGCAAAGAAGUGAGGUGGAUGGCUGGUAUUUAUGGAUCGAGUGAGAGAGCCCUCAACAUGAAUGGGUAUAAAGUUCAGUCGUGGGUUGCUCGCAAAAAACCUACAUAA